UCUGAACAUGCUGGAGUUAUGACAUCACCCGGCACUGCUGACCAUGACUGGCAUUUGGGGAAGCAUGCAAACUGUUCUGUCAUGGGGACAAUGGGUUGUCAGAAGACUUGCAAAGUGGAGAAACUCCUGAGACAGUCUCAAAGGGAAGUAGUGUGGAACCAGAGACAAAGACUAGCCACAGCAAAGAAGAACAACCGGACAAGAAGCCAAGAUAAGCUGAGAAAUGAAGUUUUGCCCCUCCACCGUUUGGACAGUUUUUGUCUUGUAGAGGACAACAGCAGAGCUCUCCGCCUCAGCGCAGACACCCUGAACCACCAAAGGCUGAAGCAGAAGUUACUGGAGACCGAGCUCAGCACCAGAAGGAAGGAGUGUGAAGCACUCGAGGCAGAGGUGAAGAAAAAGAAUCAAACAUGUCAGACUUUGGAGAAUGAGCUUCAAGAUUUCCUGCAGGACAACAAGCACUUGAAUCUGCAGUUGUUCAACAACAGCCACAAGGCAUCCGAGUAUGAGAAGGUGAAAUCUGAGUAUGCCCAGCUCAAAGAGACCCUUGGUGCUGUGACGCAGGAGAGAGAUUUAGCCCUGUGGGAGAGGAACCAGCUCCAAGGCAAACUGGAGAACCUAGAGCAGGUGCUCAAGCAUAUGCGCGAGGCUGCGGAGAGGAGGCAGCAGCUAGAGUUGGAGCAUGAGCAGGCCUUGGCUGUACUCAAUGCAAAGCAGCAGGAGAUUGACCUUCUUCAGAAGGCUCAGGUUGAGGCUAAAAAGGAACAUGAAGGCGCUGUCCAUCUGUUAGAGAACCACUUGGACAGCAUGCAGGCCAAAGUCCGUGAGCUGGAGGAAAAAUGUCGGAGUCAGAGUGAGCAAUUCAACCUCCUCUCAAAAGAGCUGGAGAAGUUCCGGCUCCAGGCUGGGAAGUUUGAUAUCCUCAGCACUGAACCCUUAACUGUAUGUGAAUCUCCGGGCUCUCCCAACAAAUCCCUCUCACAGCUCCUCAAUGGACUGGCUGCCCCCAUAGGGAAAGGCAAUGAGGCUCCGACAAGCAGGUCUUUGAUAUCCGAGUUCAUUCGACCUCUGCAGAUCAGUGGAGACAAGCCGGAGCUCCUCUCUGUGAAGCCGACAUUCCUCACUCGCGGCCGAGCCAGCAGCCCAGCGCGGGCUUUCCUCCCAGAGAUGGACAAAGAGCUCAGAUCAACUACCAGGUCCAAACCACGGUUCACAGGGAAGGUUCGUCUCUGUAUCGCUCGAUACAGUUACAACCCUUAUGAUGGACCUAAUGAGCAUCCAGAAGCAGAGCUCCCUCUGGUGGCAGGGAAGUACCUGUAUGUUUACGGAACGAUGGAUGAGGAUGGUUUUUACGAAGGGGAGCUGCUUGACGGACAGCGGGGUCUCGUCCCGUCCAACUUUGUGGAUUUUGUCCAAGAUGAGGAAACGUCUUCUGCCCACCACAGGGACACGGUGGCCAAAGACCCGAGCUACCUCAACCACAGCAGCUUGGGGUCUCAGAGGCUGGGCGUCAGCACAGGAACGGGCACGGGCAUCAGCAGCCUGCUGUCUGACGGUAAACUAGACUGUCUACGCACCAGCAGCUUCGGCAUGGACCUCCUGGGCUCCUCCAGCAACGGGACGGGAACCCUGGACGUCAACAUCGAUGAAGUUGGUGAAGACAUUGUGCCUUAUCCCCGCCGCAUCAACCUGAUCAAACAGCUGGCCAAGAGUGUGAUUAUCGGCUGGGAUCCCCCCGUGGUCCCGCCUGGCUGGGGCUCCAUCAGUGGCUACAAUGUCUUGGUGGAUAAGGAGGUCCGCAUGAGCGUCCCCUACGGGGGCAGGACAAAGUCUCUCAUUGAAAAGCUCAAUUUGGCCACGAACACGUACCGCAUCUCGGUGCAGAGCAUCACGGACCGGGGCCCGUCGGACGAGCUGCGCUGCACCCUGCUGGUGGGGAAAGACGUGGUGGUGGCACCGUACUACCUGCGGGUGGACAGCAUCACGCAGGCUUCCGCCGAGCUCUCCUGGAUGCCCAGCAACAGCAACUACAGCCACACCAUCUUCCUCAACGGGGCCGAGUACGACAUGGUCAAGGCUGGAGGUUACAAGUACAAGUUCUUCAACUUGAAGUCCAUGACAGUUUACAAGGUGAAGGUAAUCGCGCAGCCCCAUCAGGUGCCUUGGCAGCUUCCAAUGGAUCAGAGAGAGAAGAGGGAAAUCUCCGUGGAGUUCUGCACACAGCCUGCAGGACCCCCGCUCCCUCCCCAGGAAGUGCAGGUCCAGUGUGGUCAGACGCCGGGUGUCCUCCAGGUCAGGUGGAAGCCGCCGCCCCUGACGCCUUCAGGGACCUCCAAUGGGGCCAGCGUGAUCGGCUACGCCGUCUGCACAAAGGGGCAAAAGAUAGCAGAGGUCUUGUACCCCACAGCGGACUAUGUGACGGUGGAGCUGAACAGGAUUCAGUGUCUGGAGGCCAGGGAAGUCAUAGUAAGGACGUUGUCGACACAAGGAGAGUCCCAGGACUCGCCCGUGGCCGUCAUCCCGCACAACCUUCUGGGCUCUCCACACCUCUCCCGCAGAACUACAGCGCCCCCGCUCGCAAUGCAGCACCCCCCGCCCCACGCGGUGCACUCCCAAACCCACCCACCGUACCCGUCCACGUACCCGCCCAACCAUCCGCAGCCCCACAUGCAGCCUCUGCCCCGAGCCCAGCCCCACACGCUGCCCCACGCACAGCCGCACUCGCAGCCCGUCCGCCACCCGCCCCCUGCCCCCCCUCCCCCCGCCCACCCCCAGCCUCAUUUCCAGCGCCACCCCAUGCCCAAGUCCAAACCAUUAGUAAGUGCCAGAGAGCCAGAUACCAAAGAGCAUGAGGUGGGUCUGCGGCCGGCCCAGCCCUGGGAGCGAUCGCCCUCUCCGCUGCCCCCCAUGCGCGGGUCCACCCUGGAGCCGCCGCACUUCCCGCCACGGCGAUCGCCCUCUCCUCAGAGGAUCCUGCCGCAGCCUCAGGGAGUCCCCAUCCCCAACACCAUCGCCAAGGCCAUGGCCAGGGAAGCUGCCCAGAGAGUGUUUGCCGAGGGCAAUCGGGUUGAGAAAAGGAACAUCUUUAGUGAGCGAGGUAACGCCUUGCAUCCACUCAACUCUGACGAAGAGGAGGACGGAUACGAUUCGCCUCACGCGAGGAGGAAAGGAGCCUCGGUGGAUGAAUUUCUCAGAGGCUCAGAACUGGGCAGACAGCACCAUCACCACCACUACAGCCACAGCGAGGAGUACCACACCGAGAGCAGCCGGGGCUCCGACCUGUCCGACAUCAUGGAGGAGGACGAGGAGGACCUUUACUCAGAGAUGCAGCUGGAGGAGGGCCGCAGGCGCAGCAUCAACUCUCACAACACUCUGAAGGCGUAUUACAAGCGUCAGGACUUAGCCGAGGAGAGGGACUGCUGGGAUCUGCAGAGGGAGGUGGUGAAGCAGAAGUCGCUGCGCAGCAAGCGUCUCCACAGCAUCCCCGAGGUGGCCGAGGAAGAGUCGGACGGCGUGGACGGCAUGGGCCAGCGCCUGAGCUUCGGAGACGGCGGCCGACCGGGGACGCCUCACACCCAGCGCAGGAUGUACGCCCAGGACGCUCACGCCCGCAACCAUCUGGCCCCCGGGAAGAGCUCCCGCCUGCAGCGCCAGCGGUCCUCCCCCCGCUUCACCGACAGCCGCUACUGCUACGGCGCCGACGACCGCAGCCUGGGGCGCCCCAACCGCCAGAACACCAAGAGUCCCGACAGCGGCCUGGACUGCGGCAGCGAGGAAGAAGGCUCCCUGGGAAGAGGCCACCGAGGGUACUACGCACACGGGAGCCCCAUGCGGGGGCCCGUGCGCAUCAUCCACUGCGAGGGCCCGGUGGAGAGGCGGGCGCUGGCCAUGGGCCGCAAAAGAACUCUGACCCGGCAGUGCAGCGUGGAGGAGGAGUUCUCUGACGCCCCAUUGACCUCUGCCAAGUCGGUUCAUACGGGUGACUUUAGGAACAGGGAGCACUUCGGGCCCGGCCGGGACUCCGGCUCACGAAACUACUCCAGGGAAGGGGCCCUGAGCGAGGGCAGGCUGAACGAGCUGGACAGGGUCUAUUACAGCCCCCACAGGGAGGCUAGGGCGCAGUCUUUGUCCAGGCUCAACCGGGACCAGCCGCUGAUCAUUGGGAACUCACCGUCACACGGCAGCGCGGACCGCCUGGACCACUCGGGGAGGAGGCCGGUUCACAUCGGCACCCCUCCUCAGCGACGACCCAUCCCGUCCAUUGAGAUCACCAUGGACAGUAACAGUGAGGGGAGUGAGGGGAACCUCUCACCCGUCAAGGAGGAUGUUUACUAUGGCAGUGUAGCUCGGCGCAGGAUAUGGCGAUCUAUGUCGUCAGAGGAUCAAUAUGACGGCUACGGCGGGCGCAGGCACGGGCGCGGACGGCGGUCCCCGGAUUACUACGAGGAGUCGGAGCCGGAGGAGCUGACCCGGGUGUUCGUGGCUCUGUUCGACUACGACCCGCUGUCCAUGUCUCCAAACCCGGACGCCGCCGAUGAGGAGCUGCCCUUCAAGGAGGGACAGAUCAUCAAGGUGUUUGGGAAUAAAGACACGGAUGGCUUCUACAGGGCGGAGAUCCGGGACCGAGUGGGUCUCAUCCCCUGCAACAUGGUCUCUGAGAUCCAGACGGAGGACGAUGAGAUGAUGGACCAGCUGCUGAAGCAGGGCUUUCUCCCGCUCAACACUCCUGUGGAGAAGCUCGUGAACUGUGACCGUUUCAAAGAUGGCCGCUCAAUAAAUCGCAGAUCCAGAAAGUCUAAGAGAGAGCGAAACAGGCGGAGUGGACGUCAGCAUCCCAUGUCGACGCGGAGGAUGGUGGCGCUGUACGACUACGACCCGAGGGAGAGCUCUCCCAACGUUGAUGUCGAGUAUGAAGGCCACAGGCUGAAUGAGGAGGCCGAACUGACUUUCUGUGCCGGUGAUGUGAUCACGGUUUUUGGUGAAAUCGACGAAGAUGGAUUUUACUAUGGCGAGCUCAACGGACACAAGGGACUCGUUCCUUCCAACUUUCUAGAAGAAGUGCCUGACGACGUAGAGGUUUUUCUCACUGACUCACCAUCUCGAUACCCCCAGGACACUCCAGCACGGAUAAAGACCAAAAGGGUUCCCCUGGACAAAUCGGGUCCGCCCAGAAGAGCCGCCUCUCCCACAGCGCGUCCACUCGUCCCCGUCCCCGGCUCCCCCACGGACAUGUACUCCUCCAAACAGACAAAGGGACUGCUCUCCAAAGGGAAGAAACUAUUUCAGAGACUUGGCGCUGUAAAAUAAUCUGUUGGCAAACUCGGAGAGUGUCGUCCACUUCAAGUGUUUGUUUU